ACAAGGGUUUGGCUAUGGCAUAAUCAUUGGCCUGGGCUUUGCCUUUGCCCUGCUGAUGAUCUUCAUCACCUGGGCCCUGAAACGGUAUGCACCCCUUGAAUCUGGGUUUGCAUCGUACACUGGAUCCUUCGUCUUGUAAAUUCAUGUGGCAGCUAACUCGUCGUCACGCUAUAGAUACCAACAUGAGGUUCAGACGUCGGAGAUGUUCUCAACAGCAGGAAGAUCCGUCAAGUCGGGCUUGGUCGCCGCUGCAGUCGUCAGUAGUUGGACAUGGGCAGCAACUCUCCUUCAAUCAACAACCGUGGCCUACGAAUACGGCAUCUCCGGUCCAUUCUUCUAUGCGUCAGGCGCCACGGUUCAGAUCAUCCUGUUCGCGACGCUGGCCAUCGAGCUCAAACGCCGGGCUCCAAACGCACAUACCUUCCUGGAAGCCGUCCGCGCCCGAUACGGAACCACCGUGCAUGUCGUCUUCAUCGUCUUCUGCUUGAUGACCAAUAUCCUCGUGACGGCCAUGUUGCUCACGGGUGGCUCGGCCGUCUUGACAUCUCUGACCGGAGUGAACACAGUUGCAGCCUGUUACCUCCUGCCGAUUGGUGUCGUGCUCUACACCCUGUUCGGUGGUAUCAAGGCCACGUUUCUCACGGACUACAUGCACACGGUGGUGAUUAUCGUCGUAAUCUUCAUCUUCUCCUUCUCGGCCUAUGCGACUAGCGACAAGCUGGGUUCUCCUGGGGCCGUGUAUGAAGCGCUGGUGGCAGCGGGGAAAUCCCACCCGAUCGAGGGCAAUGCCGAGGGAAGCUAUCUCACCAUGCGGUCGAAGGAGGGUGGAAUCUUCUGGAUCAUCAACCUGGUUGGCAACUUUGGUACCGUGUUCCUCGACAAUGGGUACUACAACAAGGCCAUCGCCGCAAGCCCGGUGCACGCUUUCCCCGGAUAUGUCAUUGGUGGUCUUUGCUGGUUUGCGAUCCCCUGGCUGUGCGCCAGCACCAUGGGCAUGACCGCUCUAGCGCUCGAGGGCUCUCAGCGCCUGAGCUCGGAGGACGUCACAGCUGGCCUCGUGCUGCCAUUCGCUGCCGUGAAGCUCCUCGGCCACAGCGGCGCCGUGUGCACAACGAUCAUGAUCUUCAUGGCCGUCACCUCCGCCUUCUCCGCCCAGCUGAUCGCCGUCUCCUCCAUCUUUACCUACGACAUCUACCAGGCCUACAUCGACCCAUCCGCCAAGGGAAAGCGGCUCGUCUGGGUCUCCCACAUGACCUGUAUCUUCUGGGCGGUUGCGAUGGCCAGCUUCGCGACGGGUCUCUACUACGCCGGCAUCGGCAUGGGCUAUCUAUAUCUGCUGAUGGGGGUGAUCAUCUCCUCCGCGGUCUUCCCCGGCGCAAUGACCCUGAUCUGGAAGCACCAGAACUGGAUCGCAGCGGCCGUCUCGCCCCCUCUCGGUCUGGCCGUAUCUCUCAUCGCCUGGCUCGUAACGACAAAGACACAGUACGGUGUCUUCAACGUCACCACCACCGGCUCAAACUACCCAAUGCUCGCCGGCAACGUCGCCGCGCUCCUCAGCCCCAUCGUCAUCUCUCCAGCCCUAACCUUCAUCUUCGGCUCCCAAAACUACGACUACGAAACCAUGCGGGCCAUCCGUCGUGUCGACGACUCCGACGCCUCCGCCUCCACCGACCCAGAGCUCAUCCCCAGCGAACUCAACCCGACCACCCAGUCGCCCGCCCAGGAAGACGACGAAACCCGCAAGCUCAACCGCGCCGCCCUGUACUCGCGCACCCUCACCAUCGCCAUGGUCUUCUGCUUCCUCAUCCUUUGGCCCAUCCCCAUGUACGGCAGCUCGUACGUCUUCAGCAAGAAGUUCUUCACGGGCUGGGUGGUUGUGGGUUUGCUUUGGCUGUUUUGUACGACGUUUGGCGUGGUGAUUUUCCCGCUGUAUGAGGGACGGGAGAGUAUUGUGCGGACGGUGAGAUUGAUGGGGUUGGAUUUGGUGGGGAGAGGGGGCAGAAGGAAGGCCAUUGUGGGGAUGGGGGAGGUGAAUCAGAAUGGUGAGAGUGAGAAUGUCUCGGGGGUGCAGACGCCGGUGGUGGAGAAGGAGGUGUUGGCUAAAUAGAAGAAGAGUGGCUGCUUUGGUCAAUAGGGACUGUGAUGGUGUCAGUUUCUUCGUUCGGGCUCUUUAUGGUGGUGGGAUGAUAUACUGUUUAUGUCGGGUUGUGCUGGGUUUGUGACUGGUUGGCUGGCUGGCUGGCUGGCUGGUUGGUUUGUUGGUUUUGGAUAUACCCCAUUCGUUACUGUAUAUAGUAUUUGUUUAGUUGUUUUUGGC